CGGAUACGAGCGAGAACUGGUUCUCUUAUCCUGUGAAACCGUCUUCAUAAAUUCAUAUAUCAGCCUCAGCCAUGUCUUCGCUCUUGCACCUUCUCUCUCUUCCGCGCAACGUCGAUUCUCAUUCCAACCUUUUCAGCUUCUCCUUUUCCGAUUAUAGGUUGAAUCAUGGAGCCCAUGGACAUCGUUGGCAAAUCAAAGGAAGACGCUUCGCUUCCUAAAGCAACAAUGACAAAAAUUAUUAAAGAGAUGUUACCCCCGGAUGUUCGUGUUGCAAGGGAUGCCCAAGAUCUUUUGAUUGAGUGUUGUGUAGAGUUUAUAAAUCUCAUAUCGUCAGAAUCCAAUGAAGUCUGUAACAGAGAGGAAAAACGGACAAUCGCACCAGAGCAUGUGUUGAAGGCUCUACAGGUUCUUGGAUUUGGUGAUUACAUUGAAGAGGUUUAUGCAGCAUACGAACAGCACAAGCUGGAGACCAUGCAGGACUCUUUAAAGGGUGGUAAAUGGAGCACUGGAGCUGAGAUGACGGAGGAAGAAGCAUUAGCAGAGCAGCAAAGGAUGUUUGCAGAGGCACGUGCUCGGAUGAAUGGUGGAGCCAUUUCUUCGAAGCAGCCAGAUGCUGACCAAAGUUUAGAUAGCUAACUUUAGGAUCUUUAUUGAAGCAUAGGCAAAGCAUCCCUGACUCCUGUCUGUGCUUCUAAUGAGCUCGAUUGUGUACAAAAUCCAUUCACUAGUUUGCUGGCCCAUGUGGAUGUGCUCUCCAUUUGUAUUCUAUCAAUGAAUCCAUAUUUGUAAGUCAAUGUAAUUAGUGAGAGAUCAUGAAAACCCUCCCUCAUAGCAUUACUUGUAAUUAUUUAAUUUACUUUUUGUAUCUUCUAAUCCUAGCUUGAUUCUGGCAGUAGCUAGUAUAUUACUAACAAAAUAUUAAAUAUGUAGAAGCAAUUGUGUUCUCUUUAUUUUCUA